GGCGCUCGGGACGCGGCGAUGCCGGAGCGGGGCGGCGGCGGCUCCGAGCGAGCGGCGCUGGCCCUGGCCCGGCUCUCCGAAUGGGCGGACGCGCACCUGGGGCUGCUGCGGGGCCUGAUCGCCGGCGCGGCCGUGGCCGGGGUGCUGCUGCUGGCGCGGAGCCUCCGUGUGACAACAAAGUUCACAAAUCCUUUGGAUAUACCUGUGGAGUUCGUAGAAAAGAAUGUGAAAUUGAGAGGGAAAUUACAUCACAUCACGGAGAAGGGCCUGGAAGUUGAGCACAUUCCCAUCAGCAUUCCUUUCAUCACAGCCAUCCAGAGAAAAUGGCAGCCAGACGGGCUCCUGCUGCUCCGCCUGGCCGGGGUGGAGCUGGCUCCGGGUGGCACGGCCUGGCUGCAGCGGGAGCUGCCCCCCAAACAGCCCCUGUGGUUCCAGCUGCUGGCCAGGGACAGCUCAGCCCUCGAGUGCCUUGUUUUCGUCAAUAAGGGUGGAUUUCUCAGCGUGUGCUUGAACGAAGAGCUCUUGAAACAAGGGCUGGGCAGAGCAGCRCGGGUUGAGGGGCUGCCCCACCACUCCCGCCUCUACUGGAAACUGCACAAAAGGCUCCUCCGCGCUGAGUUAAAGGCUGUGAAGAAAAAUAAAGGCAUAUGGAAAGAGCAGAGCUACUCUGAAAGAAUCCAGGAUCACAUAAGCAGCAAUAAAUUCCUGCAGAGGCUGAAAGAGUUUGUGAGCUGGGUUAGAAGCUCCAGUGAGAGGUAAAAAGUGGGGAAUGCAGUUCCCCAAGGUGUGGGAUUUGUGUGUUGUGAUCACAAAAGUGCUGUGAUGUUGAGGGUCCCUGUCCUGAACACAAACCCCAYAGUUCAUGGGUUACAUGGAACAUAAACCCCACAGUUCAYGGGUUAUAUGGAAUAUAAACCUCACAGUUCAUGGGUUACAUGSAAYAUAAACCCCAC